GAGCUAUUGAAUUCGGACGAGCUGAUCUAUUCGGUCAAUAUCUAUGUCUGCACAACCCAUCGUAGGCGGAGUAACAGCGGUCAGAUCUGUUCGGUUGAGGGGCCCCACCGUAGGGGCAGUGUCUUUGGUGCAUACCAAAGCCUAGAUAGAUGCCUGAAUAUCAAUUGUGUUGUUGCAUAAAGUGUUAUUAAAGAGGGAGAUCGGUCUAUUCGUGUGAACAGUUGUCCUCGUUUCUUCACUCAAAGCACCAGGUGGCACUCUUGCUCUGGUACCCCCAAAAUGGCUCAUCGAAGUGGGCAGGAUGACCCGGAGCGGUACCUGUUUGUGGACCGCGCUGUGGUCUACAACCCGGCCACGCAGGCCGACUGGACAGCCAAGAAGGUGGUGUGGAUCCCUUCAGAGCGCCAUGGCUUUGAGGCGGCCAGCAUCAAGGAGGAGCGGGGAGAGGAGGUGGUGGUGGAACUGUCAGAGAACGGCAAGAAGGCCAUGGUCAAUAAGGAUGACAUUCAGAAGAUGAACCCGCCCAAGUUCAGUAAGGUGGAAGACAUGGCCGAGCUCACCUGCCUGAACGAGGCCUCAGUGCUGCACAACCUCAAGGACCGCUACUACUCUGGCCUCAUCUACUCCCUCAGUGAGGCCCCAGUACAGCACGGUGGCGUAGCCUGUGGCUCCCUGCCCAUCUGA